AGAAGAUCAAAAUCAUUCUUGUGAAUAUAAGUGAAUGCACUCAUUUCUAUUAGCAAUUUUAGGCUUUACUUGAAAGUUGUUAAGUAACUGUUGCUUUGGCUGCAAAAUGGAGGAAAACUGAAAAGAGUUUGAUGAUGAAGGGAAGAACAACCAACAGUAUGCAGUUGAAUCGGUCUACGAAGAAUGGGAAAAGAGAUCAAAAGCCACAGAAGACAAACGGUGCUAAAAGAUCUUCAGAGCAAGAAAGACUCAAAGCUUUUAAAGAAGAAUCUAACGUCUCAGUAGUAGUAGAUGAUACAACGACACAAUCAAAGCUCUUUGAUGAUGAUGAUCAUGCAGUGAACGAGUCUUCAGUUACUCAUCAAGAGUCCGAGUCUGGUAGAAUUUCAGAGAAAACUGAGAAGGAAGAGAGUGUAAAUGGCUUGGCCUGUGAUGAUGAAGAGGAGGAGGCGAAGGAAGAAAGCAAAGAAUUUGAUGCUAUAGCUCAUGAGAAGACAGAUUCUAUAUCUUAUUCUGAAACUUGCAAAGGUGUCAAUGUUGAUAAGGCAGUCGAAGUUUGGGAUGAUGCUUCAAAUGGUGGUCUAAGCUGUGGAAGUGAAAACGAGGCAGGUGAUGUUAAAGAAAAAAGUGAGAAACUUGAGGAGGAAGAAGAAGCAUUGAAACAAAAGGUUGAGGAUUUGGAGACAAGAGUUGAGAAACUUGAAGAAGAGCUAAGAGAAGUUGCAGCACUCGAGAUUUCGCUCUAUUCGGUUGUACCAGACCACUCUAGCUCAGAGCACAAGCUUCACACACCUGCUCGGAGAAUUUCAAGACUCUAUAUCCAUGCUUGUAAACAUUGGAGUCAAGGAAAGCGAGCAACUGUCGCUAGAAACUCUGUGUCUGGUCUCAUUUUAUCUGCUAAAUCUUGCGGAAAUGAUGUUUCCAGGUUGACCUUCUGGUUAUCGAACAUCAUUGCUUUGAGAGAGAUCAUUUUGCAGGCAUUUGGUAAAACAAGUGUUCCUAGACAUUUCACAGAGACCUCUGAAUCAAAUGGGAGUGAACAUAAUGGUUUAGGGAAGCUAAAAAGGAAGAAGAACCAAUGGACUAAGCACUCAAAUGGUUUCAAGCAGGUUUUAGAAGAUUGGCAGGAACCAGAAACCUUCACUGCAGCAUUAGAGAAAGUCGAAUUCUGGAUUUUCUCUAGAAUCGUUGAAUCUGUUUGGUGGCAGGUUUUCACUCCUCACAUGCAAUCACCGGAAAAUGGCAGUAAAACAAAUGAGCCUGUCUUGGGAGAUAAUGAGCAAGGAAGCUUUUCAAUCAGCCUAUGGAAAAACGCUUUCAAAGUUGCUCUAUCGCGGCUCUGUCCUAUGCGUGGAGCAGGGCACGAGUGCGGUUGUUUACCUAUCUUGGCUAAAAUGGUAAUGGAGAAGUGUAUAGCUAGAAUUGACGUAGCCAUGUUCAACGCAAUUUUACGUGAGUCAGAGCAUCAGAUUCCUACGGAUCCUGUCUCUGAUCCUAUCUUAGAUUCCAAAGUCUUGCCUAUCCUUGCUGGAAACUUAAGCUUUGGAUCCGGGGCACAACUUAAAAAUGCGAUUGGCAAUUGGUCAAGAUGCCUCGCUGAAAUGUUCUCCAUAAACACUAGAGAUUCAGUAGAAGAAAAUGAUCCAAUAGAUAGUGAGAAAUCUUUCAGUUUGCUAAACGAACUCAGCGAUCUACUUAUGCUCCCAAAAGACAUGCUUAUGGACCGAUCCACAAGAGAAGAGGUAUGUCCAUCUAUAAGUCUUCCGUUGAUCAAAAGAAUACUCUGCAACUUUACACCUGAUGAGUUUUGUCCUGAUGAUGUCCCUGGAGCUGUCCUAGAAGAGCUUAAUAAUGAGAGCAUUUCAGAGCAGAAGGUAUCAGGAGUUAGCUUCCCUUACGCAGCUUCUCCUGUUUCAUACAAUCCUCCAUCAUCACUCAAUGUAGCAGAGAAAGUUCCAGAGGUAGGAGAUAUCUCUAGAAUGUCGAGGAAUGUAUCUAUGAUACAAAGAAAAGGAUACACGAGCGAUGAGGAGCUGGAGGAACUAGAUUCUCCUCUUACAUCCAUCAUGGAAAAAGUAUCGUUGUCACCAAUUUCCGUACAGAGCAGGAAUGUGAAGCAGGAAACUGAGCAAAUAGGUGCAGUGGUAGCAAAUGCAAGAUAUGAGCUUCUUAGGGAAGCGUGGUCUAUAUGAGUCAUUGGAAGCCAAAUGUUUAGGGCUAGCAGAAUCUACGUUAUAUCAAUGUUUAUGUCUAUAGGUUUUGUUAGUUAAAGAUUGCAGCUGGAAGCGUGUGCUAUACUAUACUAUCACUGAGACGCAGUAAGAAGAAUGAUGAAGACAGGCCAAAGAUGAUCGGAGUAGCUUAAUUAAGGAACUCAAAGUGGAUUCAGAUAUCACAUUAGAGAUCCUCUGUUCUGAUAUAUAUAGACUCUAUUGUAAAGUUUUAUUACAUUUGCUUGGAUUAUGUGAAGCUUAAGUAAACAAUCCUUACAUUA